AUGAGCGCAGCGUUCCCGCCGUCGCUGAUGAUGAUGCAGCGCCCGCUGGGGAGUAGCACCGCCUUCAGCAUAGACUCGCUGAUCGGCAGCCCGCCGCAGCCCAGCCCCGGCCACUUCGUCUACACCGGCUACCCCAUGUUCAUGCCCUACCGGCCGGUGGUGCUGCCGCCGCCGCCGCCGCCGCCCGCGCUGCCCCAGGCGGCGCUGCAGCCCGCGCUGCCGCCCGCGCACCCUCAUCACCAGAUCCCCAGUCUGCCCACGGGCUUCUGCUCCAGCCUGGCGCAGGGCAUGGCGCUCACCUCCACGCUCAUGGCCACCCUGCCGGGCGGCUUCUCCGCCUCGCCCCAGCACCAGGAGGCGACGGCUGCCCGGAAGUUCGCGCCGCAGCCGCUGCCGGCCGGCGGCAACUUCGACAAGGCGGAGGCGCUGCCACCCGACGCGGAGGACGCCAAAGGCUUCCUGGCCAAGGAGGGCUCGCUGCUCGCCUUCUCGGCGGCGGAGGCGGUGCAGGCGUCGCUGGCUGGGGCUGUCAGAGGGCAGGGGAAAGACGAGUCAAAGGUGGAAGACGACCCGAAGGGCAAGGAGGAGAGCUUCUCGCUGGAGAGCGAUCUGGACUACAGCUCGGAUGACAAUCUGACCGGCCAGCCGGCUCACAAGGAGGAAGACCCGGGCCACGCACUGGAGGAGACCCCGCCGAGCGGCGGCGCCGCGGGCAGCACCACGUCCACGGGCAAGAACCGGCGGCGGCGGACUGCCUUCACCAGCGAGCAGCUGCUGGAGCUGGAGAAGGAGUUCCACUGCAAAAAGUACCUGUCGCUGACCGAGCGCUCGCAGAUCGCCCACGCCCUCAAACUCAGCGAGGUGCAGGUGAAAAUCUGGUUCCAGAACCGCAGGGCCAAGUGGAAACGGGUGAAGGCGGGUAAUGCCAAUUCCAAGACAGGGGAGCCCUCCCGGAACCCCAAGAUCGUGGUCCCCAUCCCUGUCCACGUCAGCAGGUUCGCUAUUAGAAGUCAGCACCAGCAGCUGGAGCAGGCCCGGCCCUGAGGACCCAGGAAGGGCCAAGACCUGGCACCCUCGGAGGAGAAGUCCCCACCAUGGAGGGAAGUCAUGGUGGACUCUGCUAUGUUUGAAGUGAAACUCAGUCACACCCAGCUUUGGACAUCCCAAGCAAAUUGAGAAUAUAUUCGUAAAACAGGCGUAAAAGACUGCUUUUGAAAGGGAAACAGCCACACACCUGAAGACACACUAAAUAUUUAUUAUACGAUCCUACUUUGUACAUAGAUAUCUAUAUAGACUGGAUCUCAGCUGCAGUAUUUUGAAAGUUACAGGAGCAAAUUGCCCAAUAAUAUUCUCGGCUCAUGUUCCAGAAGAAAACAAACCCACUGCUGUACUUCACAGUGCAGAGCAGCCACCUUUCCAUACUUUUCCAAAGGUAAACGUGAAACACAAGAACAAACACUGGGGUUUAACCUUAUUUUUGUUUCUGUUUGGCUUUUUGAGUUGACUGAAAAGCAGACAUUGUUGAGCAGCCUGGAAAUUUGCUUUGCGUUGCUUUGCUUUGGUUUUGCCUGGCUUUCUUUCCUGGGGUUGCCGUAUCCUAUCUGAGCCAUGUCUGAAGCACGUCUCCAUUGUGUUUAAUUUAUUUCAAUGUAGCUUAUUUUCUUAUAAGUUAUGACAUUUAAAGAA